CGGACGGUGGCCGUUUGGUGUUGAAUGUUCCCCUCCGAGAGCUCAUGGCUGCGGAAGCGAGGUGCGGGUCGGGCCCCCGAGGGGCCGCCCUAUGGAAGGCGGUGAUGCUACUGCUGUGCUUGGGAGUCCCGACCGGGCGCCCCUACAACGUGGACACCGAGAGCGCGCUGCUCUACAACGGCCCCCCCAACACCCUGUUUGGCUACUCGGUGAUGCUGCACAGCCACGGGGCGAACCGAUGGCUCGUAGUCGGGGCGCCCACGGCCAACUGGCUCACCAACACUUCAGUGGUCAAUCCUGGGGCGAUUUACAGAUGCAGGAUUGGAAAGAAUGCAGAGAGGACGUGCGAACAGCUCCAGCUGGGUAACCCUAGUGGAGUACCUUGUGGAAAGACUUGUUUGGAAGAAAGAGACAAUCAGUGGUUGGGGGUCACGCUUUCCAGACAGCCGGGAGAAAAUGGCUCCAUCGUGACUUGUGGGCAUAGAUGGAAAAAUAUAUUUUACAUAAAGAAUGAAAAUAAGCUCCCCACGGGUGUUUGCUAUGGAAUACCCUCUGAUUUACGAACAGAACUGAGUAAAAGAAUGGCUCCAUGCUAUCAAGAUUUUGCGAAAAAAUUUGGAGAACAUUUUGCGUCAUGUCAAGCUGGAAUAUCUAGUUUUUACACAGAGGACUUAAUUGUGAUGGGAGCUCCAGGAACGUCCUAUUGGACUGGCUCUGUUUUCGUCCACAAUACAACUACAAAUAAAUACAAGGCUUUUUUAGACAAAAACAACCAAGUGAAAUUUGGAAGUUAUUUAGGGUACUCAGUUGGAGCCGGUCAUUUUCGGAGUUGGCACACUACCGAAGUAGUCGGAGGAGCCCCUCAACAUGAACAGAUUGGUAAAGCAUACAUAUUCAGCAUUGAGGCAAAAGAACUAAAUAUCUUACAUGAAAUGAAAGGUAAAAAGCUUGGGUCUUAUUUUGGAGCUUCUGUCUGUGCCGUGGACCUCAAUGCAGAUGGCUUCUCAGACCUGCUCGUGGGAGCUCCCAUGCACAGUACCGUCAGGGAGGAAGGAAGAGUGUUUGUGUACAUCAACUCCGGCUCGGGAGCAGUAAUGAACGAAAUGGAAACAGAGCUCAUUGGAAGUGACAAGUAUGGUGCAAGAUUUGGGGAAUCUAUAGUCAGUCUCGGCGACAUUGAUAACGAUGGCUUUGAAGAUGUUGCUAUUGGAGCUCCACAGGAAGAUGACUUGCGAGGUGCUAUUUAUAUUUACAAUGGCCGAGCAGAUGGGAUCUCAUCAACCUUCUCACAGAGAAUUGAAGGACAUCAAAUCAGCAAAUCAUUGAGUAUGUUUGGACAGUCUAUAUCUGGACAAAUUGAUGCAGAUGACAAUGGAUAUGUAGAUAUAGCAGUUGGUGCUUUUCGAUCUGAUUCUGCUGUGUUGCUAAGGACGAGACCUGUAGUGAUUGUCGAAGCUUCUUUAAACCAUCCUGAGUCAGUAAAUAGAACAAAUUUUAACUGUAUUGAAAAUGGACUGCCUUCUGUGUGCAUGAAUCUAACACUUUGUUUCUCAUAUAAAGGCAAAGAGGUUCCAGGUUAUAUCGUUUUGUUUUAUAACAUGAGCCUGGAUGUGAACCGAAAGGCAGAGUCUCCAUCAAGAUUUUACUUUUCUUCCAAUGGAACUUCUGACGUGAUUACAGGAAGCAUCAAAGUAUUAAGCAGAGUAGCUAAGUGUAAAACACAUCAAGCAUUUAUGCGGAAAGAUGUACGGGACAUCCUCACCCCAAUUCAGAUUGAAGCCGCUUAUCACCUGGGGCAUCAUGUCAUCAGCAAACGAAGUGCAGAGGAAUUCCCACCACUUCAGCCAAUUCUUCAGCAGAAGAAAGAAAAAGACAUCAUUGAAAAAACAAUAAACUUUGCAAGAUUUUGUGCCCAUGAAAACUGUUCCGCCGAUUUACAGGUUUCUGCAAAAAUUGGAUUUUUGAAGCCACAUGAAAAUAAAACCUAUCUUGCUGUUGGAAGUAUGAAGACAUUAAUGUUGAACGUGUCCUUAUUUAAUGCCGGAGAUGAUGCCUAUGAGACAACUCUGCACAUCAAACUACCCACUGGUCUUUACUUCAUCAAGAUUUUAGAUCUGGAGGAGAAACAAAUAAACUGUGAAGUAACAGACAGUUCUGGCAUAGUGAAACUUGACUGCAGGGUUGGUUAUAUAUAUGUAGAUCAUCUAUCAAGGACAGAUGUUAGCUUUCUUCUGGAUGCCAGCUCACUCAGCAGAGCAGAAGAGGAUCUCAACAUCACAGUGCAUGCUGCCUGUGAAAAUGAAGGGGAAACAGGCACUGUGAAGCGUAACAAAGUGACUUUGACGAUACCUCUCAAGUAUGAAGUCAUGUUAACGGUUCAUGGGUUUGUAAACCCAACUUCGUUUGUGUAUGGACCAAUGGAGGAAAAUGAGCCCGAAACGUGCAUGGCAGAGAAAAUGAACUUCACUUUCCACGUUAUCAACACCGGCCAAAGCAUGGCUCCAAAUGUUAGUGUGGAAAUAAUGAUACCAAAUUCUUUUAUUCCCCAAACUGAUAAACUGUUUAACAUCUUGGAUGUCCAGACUACUGCUGGAGAAUGCCAUUUUAAGCAUUAUCAAAGAGAGUGUGCAUUAGAGCAGCAAAAAGGCACAAUGGAGACCCUGAAAGAUGUAUUCAAAUUUUUAUCAAAGACUGAUAAGAGGAUACUGUACUGCAUGAAAGCUGAUCUACAAUGUUUAAAUUUCUCAUGCAAUUUUGGGAAAAUGGACAGUGGAAAAGAAGCCAGUGUUCACAUUCAGUUGGAAGGUCGGCCAUCUAUUUUAGAAAUGGAUGAGACUAAAGCACUGAAGUUUGAAAUAAGAGCAACAGCUUUUCCAGAGCCAAAUCCAAAAGUUAUUGAACUAAACAAGGAUGAGAAUGUUGCAUAUGUUCUACUCGAAGGACUACAUCAUCAAAGACCCAAACGCCAUUUCACUAUAGCGAUUAUUUUAAGUAGCUUGCUACUUGGACUUAUUUUACUUUUAUUGAUUUCAUAUGUUAUGUGGAAGGCUGGCUUCUUCAAAAGACAGUACAAAUCUAUCCUACAAGAAGAAAACAGAAGAGAGAGUUGGAGUUACAUUAACAGUAAAAGCGAUAAAGAUUGAAGACUGCUUUCAAAUUGAGAGAAUAACAGACUCAGGUUAUAGUAUACUAAAGAAAUUUUAGACAUUGUUUACAAGAAACCAUGAAUUUUUGCUCAGACUUCUGCUGUGUACUUCUUUUAGUCAUGACCUUGUGACAUAUUAUGUCUUUAAUGCAGUUGAAAAAUCCAAGCAAUGAUUAUUCUUUGAGAGAAAAUAACUCCAAAGGUAACAUUUUAAUACAUCCAAAGAUAAUCUUUCAGCUCUUAAAUGGAUAGAAAAACACUAAAGCAUCAGCUUAUCCAAGAUAAGUAAUCCCUGGAAGACUGAAAUGAGUGCACCUGAGUUAAAAUUAUGUUGAGGAAAUAAACAACUCGACUGGAGAAGACUUGGACUUGAAGUAUCAAAGAAAUAUUAUUUACCAUAUGUGCUUGCUUCAGUAAAAUUAAUUCCACCAAAUAGGUAAUGACUCAUUUCUAAUAAAUCUUUGAGACUUAUUUGGAAUAUGUUCUCUAGACAUAUUUAUUAGCAGAAUCUUUCAAAGAGCUGUGGCCAAAUUUUCUAAUGAAUAGAAAAGGAGCAUUAUCAUUUUAAAGCAGAUAUCUUUAAAGACAUUGAUUUGUAAUGUAUUUCCUAUGAGCUUUGAUCAACAACCAUUUAUUCAGCAGUCUAUAAAUAUUUUGGCCUGAGGAGAAAACUUCAGACUGAACUUAUACACUGGUUUGAGCUUAACGGGAUUAUUUCUGGAUAAUUAUUGUUUAUACAGCUAUGGAUUUUUUUUCUUUCUGUACAUAUGUUUUUAAAAGAAUAUAUGUUUAUAAAGGUAUAAAUCCAGUAAGUCCUUCUAUAACACAGUUUUAUCAAGGGAAAGGUACCAAAGAGUAAAUUUUAAAAAUCCAUCUUUAGUCAAAUUUUUUGUUUAUAAAAACAAUACUUAUAAUUUAUAUUCUAAAACAGAUCGAAUAUUGCACUUUAGCUGAUAUUUGAAAUAUAAAUACACUGAUAUAUGUAAAAUAUGAAAACUGUACCUCACUAAUGAUUUUUAAAACUCAAAGCUCUGCAAAGAUGAUAUUGGGGACCAAUAUUUCAUACAAAUUAGACACUUUAAAAUGUCGACUGUCAAAUUCAGCAAAUAGACUCUUGUUUGGAUGUUAUUCCUUUCUCAUCAAAUGUAAGUAUUAAAUGUGUUUUCACCAGUAGUAUAAGAGCAUUCUCUUCUGCAUGGAAAUAGAGAAACAAAUUUAACUGUAAAUUGAAAGAUAUACAUGUAGCUUGUAUCAGAUAAAAAUGUGACAUCAAAAUUUCCAUGUUUUAGUGAUAAGUGAAGUAUUUUAAGGUUUUUAAUUGGUGGUAUCUUAGAUUUUUUUUUAUAAUGAAGUAGUUUCUUUCUGGAUCUAAUUUAUCUUUAAAUGCCUCUUCAUUUGCAAAUACAAUCACUUUUUGUAAUAUUUAUUCAUGCAUAUGAACCAAAUGCUGAUACCCACAGAAUAUAAUUUCAUCUGAUUUGACCCUACAUCUGUCUUGAUAUGAAGCUUGGGGCCACAUUUUCAAAGCCUGUUACGGGAAGUGAUAAGUUAGAGGGCAGUCUUUACCACUAUGGAAGAGGAUUUCUUCAUACGAGGUCCCUGCCAACAGCUGUCGUCCUCAGACUGCUUAAUUCUGUAAGUUAUCCGUUCACAAAUUGGUAGUUGGAGAAUGAGAAAUGCACAGAAAUUUGUGAAGGCAUUUGAGCAGCAAGACCCAAUAAGCAUGAAAGCUCCUGAACUCGGGGUGUACCAACAGAAAUUAAUUAAAUUUUAAAGAAUGCUUUGAACAAAUGAUGUGUUUUUUAUUGUUAAAAAAGAAGUAGUUCUUUCAAGAAAAUGUCUAGGCUUAUUGGUGGAAAAUCAAAUCCAAAUUUAGAACUACUUUCUCAAGGAUGAUCCCUGAGGAAAUUUAAAUUUGGUUCUUUUCUUCUAGAAAUGAUAGCAUUUCGGGUAGCACUGAGUACACUGAAGACAAUGUGCUAUGAUUGUCGGAUAACAUCACUUUCAACUUUCAGAGACUAUUCACAAAAUUGGUACCAUAACUUAAAAGGAAAAAGAUGGAUUUUUGUUUGUUUGUUUUUGGCAAAUAGUCUAGGUAUGAGAGAGAUUUUGAAAAAAAUAGUACUAUGUGUGGUUAUAUCAUCUCCUACCUGUGUAAUUUUGAAAUUUCAUCUUGCUGGAUUACGUACCUCAUCAGGAAAUCAGGACAUUCUUGCAUGAACUCUGUGGUCUGUUGGCACCAAGCUAUAGGAAACUUAACAUCAGAAUUGGUGGGCUCAAAUCCAGGAAAAAGAGAAUCCAAAUUAUUUCACUUUGGAAUUAAUCUAGGUUAAAUAUUGAUAUAUCAUGUUUAAAUUUCAAGUAUAUGAAAUGUUUACUUUCCAUUCCAAUAAACACUUUCCCAA